UCCCUCCAGGUGCGCAGCCUCGGCUCAGGUGUACAGGUGAUGAGAUAUCCUGCCGUUACCCCGGUGUGAGGAGGUUGCGGUUCCCACCAUGGCUCUGAGCUACGUCCGGUACAUCGGAAGUUGUCUCCCGAUGUUUCUGAUCGCUGUCGCGUUUGAUGUCGUCGGUCUGGUCGUGCUGUUCGUCGGGAUCUUUGCCAAUCUGCGGCUCCACGGCCUCUUCUACGGAGACUUCUUGAUCUACUCCGGGUCCCUGAUCAUCUUCUUCAGCCUCAUCUGCUGGCUCAUGUGGUACCUGGGCAACAUCCGGGUGGAGGAAUACGACGGGGAGAAGAGGAGGAACAGCUUCGUACAGCUGGCCAGGAAAUUAUCCGAGAAGUUGAGCCAGAAGCUGAAAGGAGAAGACGGCGUGAAAUGCAUCGGCGGGGAGGACGGCACCCAGGUGGGGACGCCUCCACCCAAACCCGGCAGAGUGACGUGGGGCAAGUCCACCACUUACUACAACCAAGGCUAUGACAACUCCAUGGAGUCAGAUCCCGAGAAGAAGUUCGACACCAUCUAACUGCCAACAGAAAUACUCGUCUGACUGGUUUGACCUCCCGGUGUAGUUUUGCUUAAACAAAUUUAAACAUUCCCCACAAAAAGCAAAGCCACUACAUGAGGCUGUUUUGACUGUUUUGUCGAGAUGAAAUGAUCCACCCGCUGUAAGGAACGUUCAUGAUGCCGGUAAAUGGAAACUUCUGCAGAUUUGACGGACACGCCUCGUGCAAACACAAGCCUAGUUAUUUAUGGGACAGUUGGCUUGCCUCCCUUUAGUCACCCUCAGAACAACGUUACAGUAAAUAAAAGCUCAUGUCUCUCUGCUGCGUACGCUCGCUGUGGCAGAAGGCCGGGCAGGACGUCGACGCUGGAGCAGGAGAGCUCAAUAGAGGUGGUCUGACUGGUCAAACAAGUGGAGAAGUUUCCUUUACCUGUCCUCUUUGUUACCUGUUGUUGUUGUUGAGAUGCAUUAAAAGUGAUCCGUUAAAUAUUUGAACAAAAAUGUCUAAUAAAAUAAUGAUGGUUUCUUUACUAGAGUGAAAUUCUACCUAUUCAUGUCAACACAUGCAAUGUAAGGUAGUGAUGAGGUUAAUAUUGUAUGGAAAUGAUGUCCUUUUAAUUUUAACAUUCUUUCAGUUUUUCCUUUUAUUAGUACUUGUUUUGCUUAAGUUCAAUAAGUGGGGAUUAAAAUGUGGAAGUGCUUGACCUGAAGGUCAAAGUUUAAUGUUCAGGUUAAUAGUGAUCACAAACUCCGCUGCAGCUGGUGGUUCAACACUUGCUCAGGAAUGUGGGUGCUGACGUGUCGUCGGGUCACACUGAUGUAAAACCAGUUGGACAUGCAAAGGAAUGAAGUUGGUCUAUCAGAUGGAGCCAGUCAGCCCGAUUCCAGUUUAACCGCCCCGUCAGGAGCUCUGAGAAGGAUCUAAGGUGUGAAUGAGAAUGCUGCUUAAAACAGGGAAGAGACUCGCUCUCAGUCUCGUCAGACCAUCAGCCGGAGUCCACUUGGACUUUAUACCUGGCCGCCUCACCUGGUUCCCUCCCCAGGUCAUCUCCGCUGGUACUCUUAUCAGGAACUUCUCACCUGGCUGUCUCAGUGGGUCCUCUCAUCUCGUCCAGACAUGGAGCAAGGGAAGUGUUCCAUCUUCUUCCUGUCCCUUGCCAUUAUUUUGGACAUCUUGGGCCUCAUCCUGUUUUUCAUCGGGGUCUUUUCAUCGUUGAGGUACUGGGACUUUUUUGUUUUCUCUGGACCUCUGCUCAUCUUCAUCAGCCUGGUUCUGUGGAUCUUCUGGUACAUGGGGAACCUCACCGUGUCCGAGGAGGAGCUGAACCUGGUUAAACCGGACAUCCUGUGAUUACGUCGAUGUCUUUGGGUCAGGACAAGGACUCCAGGUUUAUAAGGGUGAACUGGCAGGUCGUGGUGAAGCACCAAGAGCUCAGGAUGUGUGGUUUUCUGGAAGGACCGAUGGCUUCCCUGCAGACUGGAUGCUAGUAACUCCGGUCUUUUGUGGAAUAAAAAUGUGUUUCUCUGCACAUUUCAGAAGGAAAUGUUUGGGAACUGCACCAGGCAGACAUGUUUUUAUUAUCAAAUGUCAUGAGUUUGGUUUUUGGCCUUGAUUUGCACAUGUAUGCAUGAAGGACACGCUGAAUGUAACUAAACAAGCUUUUGAAACCACAGCUGUGUGUUCCUCGUGAAGCUGCUGCUCAGACAGAACCCGCCAAACUGGAACUGGGUUUUGGCUGAGGUUAUUUCAGAAGGAUCAGAGAGGGGAAACUCAUCUAACUGAAUGUUUUUGCCCGUUGGACCUCCCCAACCUUCAGCUAGUUCACCACAACAGUCAGCGGGGGGUUGAAAUCAAAACUCCUCCUCCACGCCCAAAUUCCCAGCCUUAAUCAGCACUCAAGGCACCAUUAGCUUCGGAGAGGGUUAUUAAUGCAUCCAUUUGGUUCCUGCCCUGAGUGAGGAAAUGGAGUAGAGAAGUAAUGGAUAUGAAAACCCGUCUUCUCCCGUGGGACGCCACUCCCUCUCCUGUUGUAUUAAUGCCAGAAGUCCUCACACAUCUUAAUCACAACCGAGCACAUCGGUGCAUAAGGACAGACUCUCGUGAGAGAGGGCAAGAAGCUGCAGAUUUCCUCUAUUAGCACAGUAUGGAGAAGCAAACGCAAGCACGCCAUUUGAUCGAGCUGGGACAUGAAUUUAUCUGGAAUUAGAGGUUCUAUCCACAUGAAAACAAUCAUAUAUGUAAACACGUUAUAAAUGAAAAUGCAAGAAAAUGAUUUGUGAUCUUUUUAAGGCUUUCAAUAAAUGAUGUUAUAAAUGUU